AGUGUAGGUGUGGGUCUAAAAAGUGAAAUGGAGUGCGGUUUAGGAACUAACCGUAAUGAGAGGCAUGGAGUUCUUAAGGAUGACUCCUGGUUUAGCCAGUUCAGGAGUGGCUCCAAUCCAUGGAUGGCUAGAUAUGUCUAUGCAUUGAUCUUUCUAGUUUCAAAUUUACUGGCUUGGACUGUCCGAGAUUAUGGCCGUAACGCCAUCCCAGAAAUGGAAAAACUAAGGAAUUGCCAAGGUGGCCGUGGUUGUUUGGGCGCUGAAGGAGUACUACGUGUGAGCUUGGGAUGUUUUGCAUUCUAUUUCAUAAUGUUUCUUUCAACUGCUGGUACCCCAAGGUUGUACAAUUGCAGAGACUCAUGGCAUUCUGGAUGGUGGUCUGCAAAGAUUGGCCUCUGGAUUGCCUUGACGGUUACCUCCUUUUUGGUUCCUACUUUCAUCAUACAGAUAUAUGGGGAGAUUGCACAUUUUGGUGCCGGGGUCUUUCUCCUAGUUCAGCUAGUAAGCAUAAUCAGUUUCAUUACAUGGCUGAAUGACUGUUGUCGAUCUGAUAAAAAUACAGAAAGAUGCCACAUCCAUAUGAUGUUACCUGCAACUACUGCAUAUGUUAUAUGCAUAGUGGGGAUCAUCAUGAUGUACAUCUGGUAUGCACCAAAGCCGUCCUGCCUCCUUAACAUUUUUUUCAUCACGUGGACACUGGUACUCCUACAGCUACUGGCCAGUGUUUCCCUCCACCCUAAAGUCAAUGCUGGCUACUUGACUCCAGGGCUCAUGGGGCUUUAUGUGGUAUUCAUCUGUUGGUGUGCCAUUCGAAGUGAACCUGAAGGGGAAAGUUGCAACAGGAAGGCAGAGGCUUCAAACAAAACAGAUUGGCUCACAAUCAUAAGCUUUGUCGUUGCGCUACUGGCUAUGGUUAUUGCUACAUUUUCUACCGGAAUGGACUCCCAAUGUUUUCAGCUGCAGUUCAGGAAAAAGGAAGCACCUGCUGAAGAUGCCGUACCAUAUGGUUACGGUUUCUUCCACUUUGUUUUUGCCACUGGAACAAUGUACUUCGCAAUGCCAUUGAUUGGCUGGAAUACUCAUCAUACUAUUAAAAAGUAUAUGGACAAUACCAGCACUUGGGUCAGAAUAGUGAAUGAAUGGCUAGCCGUGUGUGUUUACCUGUGGAUGCUGGUUGCUCCUGUUAUAUUGAGGUGCAGACAAACGACUGAACGACUUGCAUGA